AUGACCAGAACCGAGCAGACUGCCCAUAAAUCCACCGGAGGAAAAGGUCCGAGGAAGCAGCUGGCUACAAAAGCCACCCGGAAGAGCGCUCCGGCUACCAGCAGUGUGAAGAAGCCUCACCGUUAUAGGCCCGGCAUCAUGGCACUGAUCCAUAUUGCGCAAAUGCAAAAAAGCAAAGACUUGUUUGGAACAUUCCACAGGCUGCCCUUCCAGCGCCUGGUGAGAGAAAUUGCCCAGGACUUUAAGACUGACCUCCGUUUCCAGAGUGCAGCCAUCGGUGCUCUGCAGGAGGCCAGUGAGGCUUAUCUGGUGGGACUGUUUGAGGACACCAACCUGUGUGCCAUCCACGCCAAGCGUGUCACCAUCAUGCCCAAAGAUAUUCAGCUGGCACGCCGUAUUCGUGGCGCGCUUAAAGUGUUUCCACUCCAAUUUAUUAUUGCUGUCCUAUUGUCACUUCUGCACUUGUUCCUUCCUCUAUAUUUAGUCAGUAGUUUGGUUUGAGGUUCUAUAUAUCAUGAUUGUGAUAACUGUAAAAUGUGUGAUCAUGUCCUCUUUGGUGCUACUAGUAGCAGGUUUUGCUUAGAAAUAUCUUGGUAUAUGUUUGAACUACAGAUGCACUCACUUAUAACUAGCUAGCUAGCUCACAGGAAAUCCUUGUUAUGUGCGCAAAUAAGGUGUUUUGUGAGAUAUUGGUGUGUGAUCUGAAACGAGCAUAGGAAAAAGCAUAAAGUUGAGACAUUGUCAUCUUCAGACAUACAGGUUUUUUCUAAAAGAAUUUAGUUGUAAAAUUAGUGAUUUUUGUUUUCUUUCAUAAUAGUAGUGGAUUUCUACUGUUACUGUUAAAUGUAUCAAAAUACAGCAGAUUGGUUCUGGUUAUCAGUUAAAUAUGUCAUCAUGCUAUGACACUGCAUGGUUUGACAGAC